CUUCGUUAGUGUAUCUGUGUAUACAUGGAUUCUACAUUCUUGCAUUGAGGGUUGAAUCGGGUAUUUUGUACGAGUGGAGUCUCGUCUUUGAAGUCAAAUUAUUCAUUCAACAGCUGUGGAAUUUAGAGAAUCGAUCGAUUGUUCAUAAUGUGGAAGCUAAUUUACGCAGUAAUCUUGCUGUUCGUAUGUUCAAGAGCUGAUAAGCUGAGCUCCAAAGAGUGUGAGGAUCUAGGGUUUACAGGUCUCGCCCUCUGUUCCGAUUGUAAUGCUCUCGCCGAAUAUGUCAAGGAUCAAGAACUACUCUCUGAUUGCAAAAAGUGUUGUGCUGAAGAUUCUGAUGACUCCAUUAGCAAGAUAAUCUACUCUGGUGCUGUUCUUGAGGUAUGCAUGAGGAAGCUCGUGUUCUAUCCAGAAGUUGUCAGUUUCAUUGAAGAUGAGAAAGAAAAGUUCCCUUCUGUUAAAAUUCAAUAUCUAUUUAACGCUCCACCAAAGUUGAUAAUGUUGGAUGAUGCUGGACAACAUAAAGAAAUCAUAAGAAUUGACAACUGGAAACGUGAACACAUGCUGGAAUUCUUGAGGGCAAAGCUGAAGCCAAUAGCAGCAAUUUGAUUGGCACAUCCAAUUCCAAAGGGAAGGGCCCUACGUGAUGACACAUCAUCCUCCCCUCGUGGUUACCACAUUUGAAAUAAUUUGUACUAUUAUGUUUUGAUAUAAUGACUUGAUAUGGGUUUUUUAAACCAUUAAUGAAUGACUUGAUUUACUUUUAAAUGAAAAUUUUUAUUACUAUUUUCGGGACAUUACAUGUUCGUUCUUGGUCCCACGGAUGACGUUAAAUGUUACGACAUGUGCUCGGACUGGCGGGUCUUUUGUAUUGGAUCCAGAUUGGAGAUCUGGAGGUGGUGUCGUCUACGUAUUCCCGACUUGAUACCUAGCAAGAAUCAUAACAUAUCGUUAAAGUUGCCCUAGGUCUUGAACCCAGGAGCAAACUCCGCCGAUCAAGUUUGAUCGUUAUUGAAGAUGAACGGCUUUCUCCUAGAUUGAGAGAACCACUUUGGUGUGUGGGGUGUGUGUUUGGUCAUGGAGGCGUGUCUAAAGCUCUAGGGUUUUUGAUCCCUCCUCAUGGAGGAGAUAAUUUUCUAUUUAUAAGGGACAAUUAGGUCAAGGGAGAGUUAGGUCAGGUCUUGGUUUGGCCCAACUCAGACCCAGCUAGCGAGCGCCAGGAGCAGACGCUAGGUGAGCGCCAGGUGCGAGCGCUAGACAAGGCUAGCAAGUGAGCGCCAGGAGAGCGUCAGACAAGGAUGGCAUGCCAAGUCUUGACGUCUGGACCAUGCUAAUGGUCCAUACAUUAACAUGUAUGAUUAACCAUCCUCUCUAACUUGAGGGGGUAUUAGUGUAAUAACCAUUUUAUUGAGUUUGACUUUAGUUAACUAC